UUCUGCAGAUCCUUACCAGUUGAUCACGAUGUCUAGACUGAGUCUUAUUUUUCUCUGCUUCAUUGCACACGCAUGCACUGAACGUUCCAAAGUAGCCGCAGUCCCCCAAGCCCCCCUGAAAUGGAGCGAUGGCGAGAAAAAAAUUGGUGAAAACGUCACAGUAAAAGCGUACAUAUUCUAUGACAAGGAAGUGCCUGAGCAAAACGUAACCAAUUACUUCAAACAUAUCUUCUAUCAGGCACAACAGCACUUCCACAAUAACUCGGUAAUGAUAUCUCUAGUCGUUCAAAACGUCAGUAUGAAUACGAGCCUGGAAGUCAAGGAAAGUGAGAAGGAAGUAUUGGACGGAAAUGCUACACUAAAGCUUCUGCAGAACUACUCGCAGACUCAUCGUUUAACGAACGACAGCAUUAUUUAUCUAUACACUAACCGGACCCCUGUUGACAAAAAUUACUCUGGUGCAGCGCUUCCAGGUCUAUUUUCAACGUUCUCCACGUUUGGAUCUUUCUGCAGUAACGUCAGCAGCGCCGCAAUAAUAAGUUAUCCGCCAACCAAUGGGAGUUAUUGGCAGACUGUGAAAGCGACUGCAGAAAUGUUUGGCACAAGAAACUUUGCAAGGUUCACCGAGGACGACAUAAAAGAAAUGAACAAGACUUUCUCGCACUGUCAUGCUAAAGCAAGAAACCACACCUAAGGAUAAGAUUAACAUCCCAUUUCAGCUAUAACAAAACAAAACCACUUCUCAGCAAAAAAGUACCAAUAAAUACUGUGAAAA